AUGCUCGCAGAAACCCUCACCACGGGGCUGCUGCUCAUCACGAGCGCCAGCGCCCUCCCAGUGAUGAGCCCACUGGAGUACGUCAAGCGAGCCGUCAACCCCGGCGUCGUCAUCAGCAAAUGCAGCCAGCCAAACAUGCUGGCACUUGCCUACGACGACGGUCCAUACACAUACACCUCUCAGCUCGUCGACAUCCUCGACAGAGGCGGCGCCAAGGCCACCUUCUUCUGGUGCGGUACCCUGUACGGAUGUAUCUACCGCCAAGAAGCCGCCGUCAAGAAGGCAUUUGCCUCUGGCCAUCAAGUUGCCUCUCACUCAUGGUCCCACAACAGAAUGGGCUCCAUGAACGCCAACCAAAUCCGCACCGAAAUGACCCGUGUCGAAGACGCCCUCGUCAACAUGGUCGGCGUCAAACCCGCCUACAUGCGGCCUCCUUAUCUCGACACCGGCGGCCAGUUCUUGAACACGAUGAAGACGAUGAACUACAAGGUCAUCACCAACGACAUUGAUUCCGGAGACUGGAACAACGUCAGCCCCCAGCAAGCCCAGCAGCGGUUUCAGCAGGCGGGUGCCCGUGGCAAUGGGCAUAUUCCCCUCAUGCAUGAGGUGUAUCCCGGAACGGUUAACACGCUGACGCCGUGGUUGAUCAACUGGGCGAACCAGAAUAACUUGAAGCUUGUUACUGUUGCUGAGUGCGUUGGUGAUCCAGAGGGCUCAUAUCAGCCUGGUAAUUGGACUGCAAAGGUUGGGCCGUACAACUGCUAA